UGCUCUGUGUUUGCCGCCGGGCGAGGCGCGGGAGCCGCUGUGAUGUUCCGGCUUUGCGCGCAGCUGCUGAGUCGGGGAGUCGCUUCGCGGCCUUUGUGUACAUUGUCAAACCAGACAGGAUUUCUAGGCAACCCUGGUGUUUCAGCUAGUGUGACAGAUGCAGCUUCAUUAAAAGAAAAGUAUCCUGACACAGUCUCUAGUGAGCCCAUCCUGCGGAAAUGCAGCAUUGACAUCCCCAAACACCUUGCACCUGUUCAGGCCUGGGUAGAGUCCCUAAAGCAUUAUGACGCCAGGCACGUGGGCUUGACAGAUUUGCAUCCUGAUGUGUUUGCAGUAAUGCCCCGCAUUGAUAUUCUACACACAGUGGCCAUCUGGCAGAAGAACUUCAAGAGAAUUAGUUAUGCCAAGACAAAGACUCGCGCGGAGAUGCAUGGUGGCGGCAGAAAACCCUGGGCACAGAAGGGCAGCGGACGGGCCCGGCAUGGCAGUAUCCGGUCACCUUUGUGGCAUGGUGGUGGUGUUGCCUGUGGCCCUCGUGGUCCCACCAGCUACUACUACAUGAUCCCCAUGAAAAUGCGUGUCCUGGGACUCAAGGUGGCAUUGACAACCAAACUGGCACAGGAUAAUCUGCGUGUUGUAGACUCUCUAGAUAUGCCAACUUCUGACCCACAGUAUCUGAUGGACCUGGCUCGCUACAGACACUGGGGAGAAUCAGUGCUGAUUGUUGAUGUCAAUGACUUAUCUGAGAACAUCAAAGCUGCAACGAGAGGCCUUAAAACCAUCACAGUACUGCCAGCCGUAGGUCUCAAUGUGUACAGUAUGCUGAAGUAUGAGACCCUUGUGCUAACCCUGGAUACAAUUGCCUUCCUGGAAAAGAAGCUGCUGUGGCAUGACUUGCGAUACAGGCUGCUAUACCCUUUGCAGUUGCCCUAUAGCGACUUCCCAUAACCUUUAUGGCAAAUGUGGACUGAACAGCUGUGAGCUAGACACCUCUCACUCCUUGCAUCCUUGGAAGAGUUUUUCCCCACCUAACAUGAACAUUAAAGCUAACUUGUCUUCCCAA